AAUCACUUGGAGAAUAACCAGCAGGUGGGCAGAUGUCUUCUCCCCCGCUGGACCGACGCGGUAGGUCGGUUCAAUGCAUCAUAGUGAGCAGUUAAGUUUCCAUCUUCCGGCUGCUCCCGGGCGGUGCUACCAGGGAAAAGGGACGCGUCCGAGAAUGAAAGACUACUAGGCGGGAGAGCUUGCCUGACCAUUCACCUGGGGCAGUGAGCCUGGCACCCACUCACCGCGGGGCCCUCUAGCUGGAUCCAACCACACUUGGAGCUCCGGGAUACUGUCGCCGCUGCGCCAGGAAAUCGGAGGCGCCAGGGGAGACCAGCCGCAGCAAUCGGCUUAGCUGGACUGCAGCGAUUUCGGCUGGCACACCUUUCAGAAAGAAGCCCGACCUCUCCAAGACCGCACAGAGGAACGCCGCGCCCCGACUUCCAGAUUAACCCAAGCGCACGCGCUCCCGACUUUGCCCGGAAAGAGAGGUGCGGAGCCACGGGGUCCAGGUGAGCAGCACAAGCCGCUGGCCUCUGCUCCCAGCCCGCAGCCCGCUCGCGAGAGGCCGGGGCAGGGUCGGGUGGACCCGAGAGCAGCUGCUGCCGCCGAGGCCCUUCCCCGCGCCCCGCGCCCAGCGCCCCUCGGCCGGCCUGCCAUGGCCGACGGCAGCGGCACCGGCAGCUCGGGCUCCUGGUGGAAUUCGCUAACGAACAGCAGGAAGAAAAACAAGGAGGCCGCCGGGGGUGCGCAGCCGCCAGCCCAGCCUGCCCCCGGGGAACCCGCGCCGCCCGUCCAGGACUGGACGAGCAGUUCCCGGGAGAAUCAGCACCCCAGUCUCCUCGGGGGCGCCGGCGAGCCCCACAAGCUAGACAAGUUGGGCGGGGAAAAAUCGGGCAACAGCCGCCGAAAUUUGAAGAUCUCGCGCUCAGGGCGCUUUAAGGAGAAGAGAAAAGUGCGCGCCACUCUGCUCCCCGAGGGAGUCAGGGCCUCGGAGGAAGCGAUCUUCCCUGGUGACCCCCACGACGACAAGCAAUAGCCCGAGAGCUCCAGGACUCUCUUCCCAUCACACCUCCUCAGCCCCCAGUUCUAACCCCGAGAAUUCUGACCCUCCCUGUACGUGGAGUCUCAUCCCACCAAAUUCAGAAUAUUCGCACCAGGCCUCCAGAUUUUAUUGUCCUGGAAACUGAAGUGACAGUUGAGUGUUCCGGUAGUUCACGACUCAAGGAUGCUUUAAAUAUUUAUUCGUGGUAAGAGAAGAUACCACAGAGGAACCUGGUAUAAUUUUUUUUUUUUUCCGAAAAACUUCCGUGGCUUUUGCAUCCCCCAUGGAAAUGAGAAGGGUACUUCUCUAAGAGACCUUAACUCAACUGAAACUGUGCAGCCUUCCAACAAGGUUGGCAUGCUCUGAUUCUGGACUUGCUAUUGGGAAGCAAAUCCCAGUGCUAUCUUUAAUGAGAAAUAAAAGAAAUGCACUUUGGGAGUAUUUCUUCAGGCUUAUACCUUAAGUGAAGGGAUGGCAGAGAGCAGGAAUCAUUCUUAAGUAGAAGCGUUUUAAAUAAGGCAAGAUUGCUUUUAAUGUUGACCUGCUAAACUGUACUGCCUAUUUUAGUGAGGACUAUUAAAACUGUUGCACUGUAA